UUCUGACACGUGAUAUCACACUUUAAAAACCGUGGUUUAGAUUCAGUGGGCAGCUUUCACCUCAGCCAGCAGCUUCAGCUUCUCUCGUUUGGCUCAGGUCACGCAGGUAAAUAUGCUGAGAGGUUUGUUUCUCACAUUGCUGUGUGGGGCAGCAGUGGCUCUGUCCGACCCAAAUCUGGACCAACAUUGGCAGUUGUGGAAGAAGAAGCAUUAUAAGUCUUACUCCACUGAGGUUGAGGAGAUGGGUCGGAGGGAGAUUUGGGAGAGAAACUUGCAGCUAAUCAGCCUGCAUAAUCUUGAAGCCUCGAUGGACAUUCACACCUAUGACUUGGCCAUGAACCAUAUGGGAGACCUGACUAGAGAAGAAAUCCUGGAUAUGAUGGCUGGCACUCGUGUGCCUCGUCGCCUAAAGGAGCGGUCCUCAUUUGUGUCUUUUGCUGGGGUUCAAGUACCAGAUUCGGUUGACUGGAGGGAAAAGGGUUAUGUCACUAAUGUGAAGCAACAGGGUUCAUGUGGUUCAUGCUGGGCAUUUAGUGCUGCUGGUGCCUUGGAGGGUCAGCUGAUGAGGACCACAGGACAGCUGGUGUCUCUUAGCCCACAGAACUUGGUGGAUUGCUCCUCUAAGUAUGGGAAUAAGGGGUGCCAUGGAGGCUUCAUGUCUCAGGCCUUCCAGUACGUCAUCGAUAAUGGUGGUAUAGAUUCUGAUGCGUCUUACCCAUACAAUGGAAUGGACGGACAGUGCAAAUAUAACCCAUCAGAUCGUGCUGCCAACUGCACCAGUUACAGUUUUCUCCCAGAGGGUAAUGAGGAGGCUCUGAAAACUGCUGUGGCCACCAUCGGACCAGUUUCUGUGGCUAUUGAUGCCACUCGACCACAGUUUAUAUUGUACCGCAGUGGAGUCUACUAUGACCCAUCCUGUACCAAGAACGUGAACCACGGAGUGCUGGUUGUAGGAUAUGGCACAUUAAAUGGAGAGGACUACUGGCUUGUGAAAAACAGCUGGGGCACUGGCUUUGGAGAUGGAGGCUACAUUCGCAUGGCUCGCAAUAAGGGCAAUAUGUGUGGUAUUGCCAGUUAUUGUUGCUACCCCAUCAUGUGACUGACUAACUGAACCUUUUAAAAAAAAAAAAAAAUCCUUUAUGGCUUUAUUUUGCUUUAAUGUAUUCAUUUUAUAUCAUUUUUAAAUCAUGUAUAUAAAAAAACUGAUUUAUUUUUGCUUAAUAAAUAAUU